AUGGACCAAGACGAAGAGGCAUAUCGAAUCGAUCAACGACGACAGGAUGAGCUGGUCAUCAUCACCGUGGUUUUCACGUCGCUGUCCAUCCUCGUCGUCGGCACCCGCACCUUUGUGCGGGCCGUCUUGAUGAGGAAAUUCGGCGCCGAUGACUGGACCAUGUUGGGGGCCUUGCUCUUCUCCUGCGGGUAUCUCGUCGAAAUUAUCAUCAUGAAGUACAACGGAGUCGGCCACGCAAUAACCACCUUGACAGUUGACAACAUGCUUAUCUUGAUCAAGGUGACGUUGGCCAUCCAGUGUACCUACUACGCAUGCGUCAACUGCAUUAAGUUCUCCAUUCUGUGCAUGUACCUUCGUUUUGCCGUGACAGAAACACUCCGAUAUGCAUGCUUCGGCCUGAUAGGCUUCCACGCGGUGUUCUUAAUCAUCUCUCUUACAACCACCCUUGCGCAGUGCCAGCCUCUCGAGAAGAUGUGGGAUCUCACCGGUGUGGCCCCAGGCACGUGCAUCAACACCACCGCAUUCUUUUACUUUACGUCCGGCUUCAACAUCCUGACCGAUAUCCUCAUUUUUGGCCUCCCCAUCAAAACCUUGACUGGCAUCAACCGCCCACGCAAGGAGGUGUACGCUCUUGUUGGCGUGUUUUGCAUUGGCGCCUUCGCCACUGUCAUUGCCAUCAUCCGAUUGCACACCAUCAUUGUCUACACCACCGCCGUCGAUCCUUUCCGAGAGUCCAUUCUUGUCAACCUCUGGUCCGUUCUCGAGGUCAACAUUGGCAUCAUCUGCGCCUCCGCGCCCGCUCUGAAGCCCCUGUUCCACCCCCAGGCACUACGAGAGGCGAGAUAUGGUAGCAGCGGUGGCCCGCCAAAGCGGACGGGAUACCACUACCAUUCACGGGACAAGAGCGGCACAGAGAUCAAGAGCAAUAUCAGGGUUGAGCAGGAGUUCAGUGCCCGGAGUAUCAACUUGGGACCCAUCCCCAGCAACACCGCCCAGGUAGUCGGGGGAAGGGAACAAAACUCGGAUCAAGACAGCGUGGAUAAAAUCUUGCAGGAUCGGUAUUAAACAAUAAUGUCUUGGGAUUGUGAGCUACAGGGAUAGGAAUGGCGCGGUGAUACCAAUUUCUUUUGUCUUUGUCUUUUGGGCAUGGGUCCUGGAGGGAUAUUUACCUCGGCAUAUAGGAUUUAUUCAACUUUUCGGUCAGUUAAAAAUGUAUAAUAAUAUCAUGGAGACACAAACAUAACGACUAACGAUUUCUUUUAUUGCGCAUCAGCCCUACAUCAUUGCUGAACCGUAAGGAAACUACUGACGAUUAGUACAAACAUCAGAAUUGUUGCCCUACAUCGAGUAUCAGCCUGUCAGACGGCUUCCACGCCUAUGACUUCCUAGGACCUCGGGCGGACUCCUCAAUCGUGUUGAUGGCAUCAAAAGGGGCAGUAGUGUCGCCACUGCUCAUCGUGCCUUUUAAGUUCUAUUUGCCAACUAUUAUCUCUGACCAUGCUCUUUGUUUUCGGGGAGAUACAUGUUGUGGACAACUUAUACGUUCAUUAUUCCCUUAACUGUUCGCAUGCAAACAUCGCAAGACAGCUGUGCUUUGGUGUGAAAGCGUGUUUCACGGGUUUGUAAGCACGUUGCCUAGGUUCUCC